CGGAACAUUGUAGAAGGCGGUCUGAGGAGGGGCGUGUGAGGUGAAGGGAACGUUGUUUGCCCUCUCACGAGUUGUUAAUGAGGCUGUGAAGGAGAACAGGCCGCUUGACCUUAUCCUGUACUGCAGCCCCAGAUCUCAACAUGUCUCUGCUCAGAGGUAUUUUUGUUGUUGCUGCAAAAAGAACCCCGUUUGGUACAUAUGGAGGUCUGCUGAAGGAUCACAGUGCAACAGAUUUAGGUGAGAUUGCAGCAAAAGCAGCUCUUGCUGCUGGGAACGUAUCUCCUGAAAUUGUGGACAGCGUCAUAUUUGGAAACGUUGCUCAGACCUCAAGCGAUGCCAUUUACUUAGCCAGACAUGUUGGGCUUCGAGCUGGCAUACCUAUCCCCGUCCCAGCUCUCACAGUCAACAGGUUGUGUGGUUCUGGCUUCCAGUCGAUUGUCAACGGUUGUCAGGAAAUCAGCCUACGGGAAUCUGAUAUUGUUCUGUGUGGGGGAUCCGAAAGCAUGAGCCAGGCCCCAUAUGCUGUCAGAAACAUUCGAUUUGGAACAAAGUUUGGCGCAGACCUCAAGCUAGAAGAUACCCUUUGGGCUGGACUUACAGAUUCUCACAUUAAGACUCCAAUGGCUAUAACGGCUGAGAAUCUCGGUGAAAAAUAUAACGUCACCAGACCAGACUGUGACAAAUAUGCCUUCCAGACACAGCAGAGAUGGAAAGCUGCUCAGGAUGCUGGGUAUUUCACUGCUGAAAUGGCACCAGUUGAAAUUAAAACCAGGAAAGGUGCUGUCAAAAUGGAACAAGAUGAACAUCCCCGGCCUCAGACUACCCUAGAACAGAUGGCAAAGCUUCCUUCAGUGUUCAAGAAGGAUGGUAUGGUGACCGCAGGAAAUGCAUCGGGUGUCAGUGAUGGAGCUGGUGUUGUGAUCUUAGCCAGUGAAGAAGCUGUCACAAAACACAAGCUAACUCCUCUAGCCAGGAUUGUAGCCUACCAUGUGUCUGGAUGUGACCCCAAGAUUAUGGGCAUAGGUCCAGUUCCUGCUAUCACUGAAGCUCUGAAAAAGUCAGGACUGUCCCUCCAAGAAAUGGACCUUGUGGAGGUCAAUGAAGCUUUUGCUGCCCAGUAUUUGUCUGUGCAGAAGGUUCUUGGUCUUAACCCUGAGAAAACCAAUGUAAAUGGUGGCGCAAUUGCUCUGGGACACCCUCUAGCAGCAUCAGGCUCCAGAAUUACCUCUCACCUUGUACAUGAGUUGAGACGUCGAAAUGGAAAAUAUGCAGUGGGAUCAGCCUGCAUUGGAGGUGGCCAAGGUAUUGCCGUUAUCCUUGAGAAUGUGGCUUAAACACGUGGAAAAAAGAAUAUCUGUUAAACUGAUGUCACAAACUGUGCUUAGUCCAAGGAGUAAACAUCUUCUAAUUUUGGUUUUGUUUGAUAUACUGUGCUGUGGAUAAUACCGUACAGCCACUAGCUCGCUCUUUGCUUAUGCAAUCCUGUUUGACAGACAAACGCUUUUAAAGGAUAUAAAAGUCAAAAUUAAACUUUUUAUGAUUUUUGUUUUAAAAACUUUCCCAAAUUGUUUCUGUUAGCAAAUUUAAUUGGUCUCUUGGUGUCUCUUGUUGAACAGCAUUCAUAGGUAGAUGUGAGCAUGCUUGUAUGGCAGAGUGCCAAAGACAUGUGCAUGCUCAUAAGGCUACCUAGGUAUGCUCAUCAAAAGGAGGAUACAGAGGGAACAAAGAAAAUUUGAAAAUAGAGCUUGAAAUUUUAAGAAACUUCCCAUUUACUUCUAUUUGGAAUUAUGAAGGUUUUUAAUUUGGCUUUUAUGUCUCCCAAUUGAUCAGCCCCGUAGUGAGAACUAAUGCAAUGUAUUUAAGUAAAGCAAAUAGGAAUACCUUGUGCCCUUUUCUUGGACUUUCCUGUACAUUGAUUUAUUCAAGAUGUACUAAAAAUCUGCAGCUUUGAAUAAGGGGUUAUAAAGGGUUCACAUAACUAUCCACAUAUUUCAUAUUUUGAAUUCAGGGAUUUAUUAUGCUGUCUCCAUCCUUCUCUACUGGGACUUUCAGAGAAGAACUUGCCCACUGAAAUUAUUUAUAUACUACUUGUGCAAUCAUGACACAAAUUAUUGUAAAAUGUUCUCUGGUAUCCCCUUUUGUUCAGAAAUAGCAGUCAUACAUGGCUUUGCUUUUGGUAAUUAGAAUGCCGCUAAUUGCAGCUGCGCACCACACCUCUAUUAUUCCUGACAGUGAAGGGGUUAAUCAGGUAGCUUGUAAGGUUAAUUUUAGCUUUAGUGUACAUAUUACCCUCCCAUCUGAUCCCUACCUUAUCCCUCUCUCUCACACACACCCUGGUCACCACCGUCUUAGGUACUGGCAGACAGUCUGCCAGUAUGCAUUUUAGUUUUUUUUGUUUUUUUUUUAAAAAAUUAUUAUUAUUUUAUCCUCUUCCACCUCCCUGAUCCUCCCUCUACUUGUGGCCAUCUUUAGUACUUGCAGCUGUCUGCCAGUACCCUAUAAAAGCAAAUGCCUGGAGCUCAGGAACUCCAGCUGCUGGUGCUUCCUGCAGCUUGGAUGUAUAUAUGUAUAUGUCAUGCGGUACGAUAGGCAAAGUACCGCAUGACUUAUAUAUACGUUGUAUGGGGUUAAGAGACACUGACCAAUUAAGUGUGAUUAAUAAAUCUUCCUUUAGCUUUAUUUCUCUUUAGGUCCUAUUCGUUCUAUGAAAACCUUUGUAUGUGUCUGCAUUUGAUCCUUUUGAGAUUGCAGAUACUUCAUAGAUGAAUAUAACCCACAUGGCAAAUAAUUGUAUAAUAACAUAUAGUUGGUCACCUGUGAUUAUCAGCCCAGAAAUGCACACAGGGGGUUUAAUGCCUUUGGAUUGCAUAGUUAGACUAGUUUUUAUGUUCAGUUGUAUGUAUUUAAUUCAGAUCGGCACUUUUAUUUCCCCCACAUUCACAUGCCGUGUCCUUUUACGUUUAGAGUCUAAUAAACAACCCUAUUGGCUGUUUUUUUUUUUUACUUUGUUUAGCUGCAAAAAGCUGCAGCUGAAUACAGUGAGAGAUGAACAAAUCAAGUACCGCAUCCUCAGUAUGUCUUGUUAAUGUAGCUCAGGGAAGUCAAGUCUUCAAGGGCUUUUAAAACGGGCCAAAUUUCAGGAUCAAAUUCAUUUGAUCCCUUUAAUCCUCAAGAAGAGAGUGUCUGAAAGCUUGGCUUUAUUGUUGAGUCAGACACCCUUAAUCCAAUACCACUGACAUGUAUUAUCUAAUGUUUUUAUUUUUUAUGAAAACUGUGAAGACCUACUAAAGGCAUUAGUUUAAAAAAAAUAGGGCUUUAUCACUGUACAUGUGCCUUUAUUAACAAAUAAAAUGUUAUUAAAUUAA